AUGAAUGGUUCCCUAUAUGAGGAUUCUGAUGACGAGUACUACGAUUGCCAGACAGAAGCUCGCUUCUAUGCUGUAGCUUCUCCUAGAGACAAGGGUCACGGUGAAGUUUUCGUCGACCCAAAAAAGGCUUAUUUGAAACUACGUGGAAUCAAGGGUGCCAGACUUAAACUAUUUAACAAUCAUAUUGAUGCUAACAAGUAUGCAGAUACACCAGUUGAUGAUGACAAACUCAUCAAUCCAUAUCCUGCCUCACCCAAACCUGACAUUGAAAGUAGCCCAUAUCCUAAUGUUACUCAGCAAACUUUAAUACGCUUCCGUUCUUUGAUCAGCAGUGGUGAUGUCCAAAGUGUUCAACGAAUGGUUGACGAAAACCCGAUGGUUUUAGUUACCUCGUGUGAUACUCCCACUAUAUUGCAAAUACGUUUUCGAUACAAUGCAUUUCAUGUGAUUGCUUCAAAUGGCAAUGUAGCCUUACUUCAUCUUCUCCUGAAUUAUUUUGAUUCUGAUACAUUUUGGGAACGUAUUUAUCCUAAUGUUAGUAAAGAAGCAUCUUAUUGGCGGCAACAAUAUGUCUUAGAUUUAUACUUGAAUAGUCCUGAACUCGGAAAUUAUGAAACUCCUUUACACUUUGCUAGUAAACAUGGACACAUUGAGUGUGUUGCAGUUCUAGCACGUCAUCCUUUAACAAAAAUUAAUCCACUCAAUGGGUCGGGACAAACACCAGCCGAUUUAGCUGCAAGUCGUUUGAUGAAUACGAGAGGAAAAUCUCAGUCGGAUGUAAACAGUUUCAAUGAGAUUGCUGAUCAAAUACGACAAAUUUUAGAUGAAAGUUAUAUUGUUCUAGUAGAUAUAGAAAAUUCAGGAUCAAGUAUAAUACAGACAAAAAUUUUACCACCAUUAGAUACACGUAAAUUUCAAGCCUUACUUAGUCAAUGCGGUAUUACAUCGAAUGCGUGUAGAACAUUUACCAGCAUAACUUCAGUAAAACCAUAUCCGACAGCACAAAACAACAACUCCUUGUCAUCAAAACAGCCUAGUGACUUGUAUGAGAGCAGUGCUAUUCAAAGACAGUCAAUACUUGAUGAAUAUGACGGACAACUGAAACGACUACGAGGUUUUUCAGGACCAAUGCCAUCGAAUACAGCUGUUGAAUUACGAAAAAAAUGGAUUCAAUAUAACAUGCCCAAUGCUACUGACUGUAAGGUUUUUUCACGUAUACGCUUAAUUGAUGCUGAAAGAGGAUAUGAACGUCAAGGAAGAUAUCUGUCCCGUCUAUUCGGAACCCAAUGGUAUGAAUAUUGGGAGUUUUUAGAUGAUUUUAUUGAUUUAAACACUGAGAAGGGCUUAUUUGCUUUAGAAGACUAUUUAUCUAACCAUCAAUUAUUGAAAAAUAAAUACUCUUCAACAUUGAACAAUUGUAACGCGGAUGCUUUGAAUCCCACUAAUCAAAAUUAUAAUGGAUCAAAUAAUUGCAAUGCCAUUGAUGAAAUCAAUUAUUCACUGUCGCCUACAUCUACUCCACUUUUUAAUCAAGAUGAUGAUGACAAUGAUGAUGUAUUUCCGUGUGGAACACCAGUAAGGCGAUCCACAGCAAGUGUGAAUAAUACUGCUAGUAAAUCAAAUAUCGAUUUAAAUAAUAAUGAACGUUGGUUAUCUUAUCGACAAAAAAGAGGAUGUAUACAUGAUUUAAAUGACAGUUUAGAAGAAAGUACAGAUCAAUCAAAUUCAAGUAUUCUAUCACAUGAAGAAAUAUCAGAUAGCGAUGAACCGAUACCCAGAAAAGUAACAGAAAGUCCUAUUGUUGGAUUAUUGAAACGUCUAACUUUUCUAAGUCCACUUCAUUGGUUAAAAUCAACAUCCAAAGGAGGAGGAGGAAAUGAAAAUACUCAGACAUCUUUAGAUAAAUCAAUUACAUCGGAAAACAACACAUCUGCAAAGCAGGAACUUGUUAACAGCGCUUCAAAACCUGGAGUAACAAAUAAGCGUAGAAUAUCAGCAACAAGCAUCCAACGUUCACAUUCUUCCACAGAUGAACCUGAUGUGAAAAAACCUUCCCCUGAAAAGGCUAAAAGACAUUCAAAUCGCCAAGAAAAAGAAGACAACGACCCGGACGCCACCACUGCCGCUGCCGCCACCGUUUAUCUACCACAUUAUUUAAUUGAUAUUUAUAGAGCAUUACCAGGAAAUGAAAAUGAAUUAAACAGCUUUAAUCCACCGAAUUUAUUUGAAAAGAAGGAGAAGAAGAACCCUUCUUCAUCGUUGUCACUUUCACCUUGCCCCCACCCACAACCGGCAUCCACAGCUGCUGCCGCUUCUGCUGCUCUUGACAUAUCGAAAUUUCCUAACUGUUCCCAAUUGAAUGAAUAUAUACAUGCUCAAUUAUAUAAAACUUCAGUUAAAUCAUAACUUGCUAGCUAAUCUCGUAUGAUUAUUUUUUAUUCAAAAC